AUGGCCACCCCCAAUGUUCUUACUUUUGACGCUGAGGGGAGGGCCAUUGACUUUGCCGUCUGGAUUGAAGACCUGCAGCUGUACUUACUGUGUGAUGCGAUAGAUGAGGUCUCUCUCUUUGACUUUGUCUCUGGAGCUGUCCCUGCCCCGCCUGCUGAUGCUGACUCUGCCGUUCGCUCCAAGUGGGCGACCCGCGAUGCUGCUGCACGUCUUGCUGUGCGUCGCCACCUCCCUUCCUCUGAGCGUGCCCACUUUAGUCAGUGCAAGACCGCUCAGGCCUUGUACGACGCUGUAGUUGCACGCUACUCCUCUCCUUCCUCCGCUACCCUUAGCCGCCUCAUGCUACCGUUUCUCUUCCCUGACCUCGCUUCCUUUCCCACUGUCGCUGACCUCGUUACCCACCUCCGCACUAGUGACGCUCGCUACCGCGCUGCCCUUCCUGCUGAGUUCCGCGCCGCAAACCCUCCUCCCAUGUAUAUCACUCUCUACUUUCUCGUCACCCGUCUUCCUGAGUCCCUUCGUGUCGUUAGGGACCAGUUUCUCGCUGGGCCUCUAGGGGUGACCCUCGCACCCCCAUCUUUGAGGGGUGUUCUCCUUCCCCCCUGCUGCCCUCUGUCGCCUCUGCUGCUACGGCCGACCUCGCUGGUUUUGAGUCGGUCGGUGCGGCGUCUGCCCCCAGCGGCAGACGCCGCUCUGGCAAGGGCAAGGGGGGCAAGGGAGCGGGUGGAUCUAGAGGAGGCAGUGGCGGAGGAGGUGGGGGUGGCGGGGGGAGUGGGGGUGGCGGUGGAGGUGGUGGCGGGAGUGGGGGUACCGGUGGAGGAGGUGGAGGCGGAGGUGGCGGCGGAGGCGGCAGCGGAGGAGGCGGGGGCGAGGGUACCGGUGGGGGCGGUGGCGGUGGAGACGGGGGUGGCGGUGGAGGUGGGAGUGGCGGUGGAGGCGGGAGUGGCGGAGGCGGCGGGGGUCGGAGUGGCUCGUCCCAGCGGAGCAGCUCUGGGGGUGGUCAGCGCCAGCAGCAGCAGCAGCAGCAGCAGCAGCAGCAGCGGUCUCGCACCGUCCCCGCCCCUCAGCAGCUCCGUGUGUCCCAGGUAG